CGCUCGUGACAAGAACGCGCUUGCGAAUGGCUCGCGCACUGGUUAUUAGUACUUGUGUUCGCAUCCCAAGGCCUUCGUCGUUGUUUGCUAAGCCUCUCGCGCCCAGCGCCCUCUCUUGCUUUUCUCUCCGCUUCUCUCGGCCGCCGCCGCGCUCUCUCGUCCACCUGCGUGCUAUCAUGGCCUCUGCGCCUCGCGCUACACUCGGGCUCACCAAAGCUGUCACUGUUGAGAGCCCUCAGAUUGCAUUUUCUGCAAAGGAAAUUGAUAUCAUAGAAUGGAAGGGAGACAUGCUUGCUGUUGCUGUCUCUGAGAAAGAUAUGUCUAGGGAUUCAAACUCUAAGUUUGAGAACUCCAUACUGAAACGUUUAGAUGAGAAACUUGGUGGUCUUCUGGCGGAAGCUACCGCCGAGGAAGAUUUUACUGGGAAAGCAGGCCAGUCAACAGUUCUCAGGCUUCCUGGCUUGGGCUUCAGAAGGAUUGGUCUAACUGGCAUUGGGCAAUACUCACCUGUUUCUACUGCAAGCACAUACCGUGGUGUUGGUGAGGCUGUUGCAGCUGCUGCAAAAGCUGCACAGGCAAACAGUGUGGCUGUAGUUCUUGCGUCUGAGAUAUCUGAAGAAUGCAAGCUAAAAGUGGCUUCAGCGAUUGCUUCAGGAACUGUGCUUGGCGUGCAUGAAGACAAUAGGUUUAAGUCUGAACAAAAAAAGACACAUCUUAAAACAGUUGAUGUUGUUGGAUUGGGUUCUGGGGUGGAACUGGAUAAGAAACUUCAGUAUGCAAGUGAUGUUUGCUCGGGAGUUAUCUUUGGAAAAGAACUUGUAAAUGCACCAGCUAAUGUGCUCACUCCAGGUGUACUAGCAGAGGAGGCUUCUAAAGUUGCCUCACUGUACAGUGAUGUCUUUACCGCAAAGAUUUUAGAUGAAGAGCAGUGCAAAGAAUUAAAAAUGGGCUCAUACUUGGGUGUUGCUGCGGCAUCUGCAAACCCACCUCACUUCAUCCAUCUAUGCUAUAAACCUCCAGGGGGUGAUGUGAAAACCAAACUCGCAAUAGUUGGAAAGGGAUUGACAUUUGACAGUGGUGGUUACAAUAUCAAGACUGGUCCCGGUUGUUCAAUAGAGCUAAUGAAAUUUGAUAUGGGAGGUUCAGCUGCAGUAUUUGGUGCUGCAAAAGCAAUAGGCCAAAUUAAGCCUCCAGGAGUUGAGGUUCAUUUCAUAGUUGCGGCUUGUGAAAAUAUGAUUAGUGGUACUGGUAUGAGGCCAGGUGACAUAGUCACGGCUUCAAAUGGAAAAACAAUUGAGGUCAACAACACCGAUGCUGAAGGAAGGCUUACACUUGCAGAUGCUUUGAUUUAUGCUUGCAACCAAGGUGUCAAAAAGGUUAUUGAUCUUGCAACCCUGACAGGAGCUUGUGUAGUUGCCCUUGGUCCCAGCAUUGCAGGAACUUUUACACCAAAUGAUGAACUAGCGAAGGAGGUUGCUGAAGCUUCGGAGAUCACAGGUGAGAAGUUUUGGAGAAUGCCACUUGAAGAAAGCUACUGGGAGUCUAUGAAAUCUGGUGUAGCCGAUAUGGUCAAUACCGGAGGACGCCAAGGUGGUGCUAUCACUGCUGCCCUUUUCCUAAAACAGUUUGUCGACGAGAAAGUUCAGUGGAUGCACAUCGACAUGGCCGGCCCUGUAUGGAAUGAGAAGAAGAAAACCGGGACCGGUUUCGGGGUUUCGACUCUUGUUGAAUGGGUGCUCAAGAACUCUUCUUAAACCUCAUCAAAUUUGAAGUUACAACUCGAAAAAUUACUCAAUAAAAACGCGGUCAUUGUUUGAAGUUAUGCAUGACUUGUUUUUUAUUUCUUCAUUUUGAUUUGGAACUGUUGAAUUUUAUUCAUGUUUUCUGGUUA